CCUAAUGUAAGUCAACCAAAUUGGUCUAUCAUCAGCUUAACUCAUGGCAGUUCGAUUUACAGAUAUCCCCAUUUUGAUUUCUCACUAAUUCAGCUUCUGGUGAUUUUUCCUUCAAAUAAAUCAUGUAUCGAAUCUUGAUAAUAUUUUUGUUAUUUACAGCAGUUGGAUUAGUGAAAUCACAUAAUGAAGGAGGUGAAUGGAGUUGUGAAUCAGAAUCUGAAAAUAGAAUUGAAGCUAUUUUUAAACCUGGUGUUAUCACAAUCGAUGGGCAUACAGAUGAUUGGAAAGAUAUCGAUGGUUUUGAAUUUUCUCUUCUUCCUGCUCUUGACCCACAUCAAGAUGAUGCUUAUAAAGCUGGAUCAAUGACUGUCAAGGCUGUACAUGAUGGCAACAAUGUGUUUUUCAUGUUGGAAGUUAAUGGCAAGUAUGCUUACUCAAAAGGUGACAAUAACAAAUGUCCUUCUGUUGCUCUUAUGUUUCAAGUUGGGGAGAAUGCCACAUAUCAUAAUAUGGGAGGGUGUAAGGAAUCACCAGAUUCAUGUUCCAGCAAGACCUGCAAAGGAACUGAAGUGGAUAUUAUGCAUUUCUCCAUUGGAAAUGCUAUUCCUGGACGGCUCUAUGGAGGAAAUCCAAUAGAUAAUAGAGAAGGACAUGGGGGUGACAGGUUCGGACAUUUGGUUGAUCUGUAUACUUGGACUCCUCACUGUCGACACCUCGAUGGUAUCAGUCCUACAGGAAAUGAUACUAGUGCCCAAAAUGACUGGAAAGGUGCAUGGUGGCACGAUAGCUUCAAGGUCCACUCAGGUUUUGUAGCAGAAGACAGCCCAUAUUCAUCUGAGGAUCAAGAUGGUAAAUACUUCUUCGAAUUUUCCAGGCCUUUGAGAACCAUGGAUCACCUUCAACAGGAUGUUCAAUUUUCAAUCGGCCAACCAACAAAUAUGGCAGUAGCAUUCUGGUACCCUGAGGAUGGAAAACCAUGGCACGGGUCUGGGCAUUACUCUAUUAGCUGUAACUGGGUACCAUUAGAUUUGCCCUCAAGCAGCUCACUUGCUACUAGGGCAGGUUCAGGAAACUCAUCCGGUGCUAUCAGUGCUUUCUCUCUUCUCUUCUCUUUGGUUGCAUUUUUCUCAUCUAUAUUUGUCGGGUAUUAUGUCUCUAAAAACAAGUCUAUCCCUUUCACGCCUAUGGAUCGUCUAUAGGUGGUAUGGUUGAGGCUUGAUUUUUUAUUUAUUUUUCGUGAGUUUGUAUUCUUUUAGGCGUGGUUCUGUUGAGGUUUGUGUUGCCUUUGAUUUCUUCCCCAGGGUUGGCAGAUCUGAUUUCACUUGAUUCUUGUAUGUGAUUAUUGUUAAAGUGUCAUAGUUGAUAAAGUUAGGGUACGAACGGUUCAGUUAAAAGACCAUUCUAUUGUUAUUGGUUAGAGUUGAGUUUUCAUCUCAUACUGGAUUCUCAUUACACCUUUUCCAGUUCUACUACACUCAAUCCCUUUAACUGAACCCAAAGUACAUACCAUUAGCAUAUGAAUAAGUGUGUCUGGUCUAGUAUUGUUUACAAUGUGAACAGGGUAAGGUAACAUUUUGAUGAAAUUUCAGUGUAUCUAGCAUUUGGAGAACCUUGUAUAUUUCUAAAAGUGGAAAGGAAAGCUCUUAUUUUAUAGA